AUGUCUCCUCCAUCCGCAGCAGCGAGACUGUUCAAGAAGAAAUUCGACGACGUACAAGCGCUCUUCGACAGCGGCGAUAUAGCUGGCUGCAUAUCAGCAGCUAAGGAAAACGUAUGCGACACAACUCUUCCGGUGUUCUACUUUAUUAGAUACUGCAUACUUCUUGCGCGCGCUGUGGAUAACUGGGACGAAGGCAAUGAAUGGAAGCUCGCCGCGGUAAUAUCUCCAGUGUACAGACUAGAUGCGAGACAUACGCUGACUUCGACCGUGGCAAUUCAGGAGCGCGCCUGCAGUAGAGCGUUCCUACGAGCAAGGGAAACAAACGAUACGAACUCGCUCUUCUUCCUACAAGGUCUCCGUGGAAAGAUUGACGAGUUGGCUAGGCAGCGAGACCGGGAUCUCCAGGAACACAUGCUCGAACAAAAGGGAGAGGACAAUGAGGACGAGACGGACUCGGAAGCAGAUGGAGUUGAGCUAGACGACAGCGAGGAGGAGGCAGAGAUGGAAGCCGAGGGCGUUAAGUUAGGCGAGGGUAACGCGCUGAUUGUAGAUGGUGGGGACACUCAACUUCUUCCGAUCCGCGGAAACCAAGCAUCCACGGCAAGCCCCGUUCCAGUCAUCGAGGCACUUGUUAUGGGCGCUGUGCCAGUAGGAGAAGAUAAGGAAGAUAACGAGGGCCGAGAAGAAGUCACUGCCGGCGACGAGGAAGGUGAAGAAGGGGGUGCGGGAAAGAUGCCAGGAGGCGGAGAGCCAGCAAGCACUGGCGAUGAUGGCCAACUGCAAGGAAGGGCGGGAGUUGAUCGAGAGGACGAGCGUUCUGCCGGUAUCGCAGCGGUCAGAUUCCUUUUCGAUUGCCAGUCGUAUAUGCCAGAGCAUAUGCGAGUUGAGUUCAACCAGGCGAUCCAGACAUUUCAGGAACUUGAAGUUGAAAUGCGCAGCAUCGUCAGCACAGCUUCCGCAGCUCCUACAAGCUCUACGGCUGCAUCGCGCAUCAACCUUCUCGAGCAGUUCAGAGUUGCCAUGGUCGACUGGUUCCAGUCCAAGGAAACAUCAUCCUUUACGGCUGAUGAACUAGUCGCUACUACGCUAGACGAGUGGCAAGGAUUCAAUCCGGAUAUUCAAGCUGCCUUUGGCCGAAAUGAAAUCGUCUCCUUCUGCCGGGAGCUCGACGGCAAAGAUGGUUUCAGAUACUACAAGUUUGGGGUGCUCAGUUACAAGCCCUAA